AAAAUAGAAUUCAAAUGAAGGGAAUAAAAAGGAAGGAUCUCUCCUCUCCUAUAUAUCUCUAUCCACAUAGUAGCUCGAAGCAGCAGCAGCAACGGCGGGGCGGCAGCAAACAGGGGAAAGCGAAACGGAAAAGAAAAGAAAUGGAGCAGCAGCAGGGUAAACAAGGAGUGACGGUGGCCAAACUGUUUCCCAAUCAAGACCCAAUGAAGUUCGUUCAGUUUAAGUUCAAGGAAUUGGAGGAUGGCUUCAAGUCUUGGUUGUCCAAGCAAUCUUUGCCUGUCGAGGCCGCCGUUGUCACUGCCACCGGCGGUGUUCAGGGCGCUGCCAUCGGAGCCAUCAUGGGUACCCUCACCCCUGACAUCUCUUCCUCUAUGCCAACUCCCCCUCCUCAGGCCUCUCUCAACCCUCAAGCCAUGGCCUCUCUCAAGCAAGCCCAAGCUUUAGCUGGUGGACCCUUAAUACAAGCACGCAAUUUUGCUGUAAUGACUGGAACCAAUGCCGGCAUAGCUUGUAUCAUGAAGAGAUUGCGCGGCAAGGAGGAUGUCCAAUCUAGCAUGGUUGCAGCUUUUGGUUCCGGUGCCAUGUUUUCGUUGGUGAGUGGCAUGGGUGGCCCAAAUCUUGCUACUAAUGCAAUCACUUCUGGACUUUUCUUUGCAUUAGUUCAGGGUGGUCUUUUCAAGUUGGGGGAGAAGUUAUCUAAACCACCAGUUGAAGAUUUGUGCUAUGCCAGAACAAGAUCCAUGCUAAAUAAUCUUGGUCUCCAGAAUUAUGAAAAGAAUUUCAAGAAAGGGUUGUUGACAGAUAACACUUUGCCUUUGCUGACCGACAGUGCUCUUAGAGAUGUAAGAAUCCCUCCUGGACCAAGACUUCUCAUUCUUGAUCACCUUCGAAGGGACCCGGAGCUGAGAGAGAAGACAUGCAAGCCAUGAUCAAUAAUGUUUUUUUUUUUUAAAAAAAAAAUGUAGCCAUGAGAGAUCACUUUGUUUUUGAUACAGCAGAGGUUAGGGGGAGUAGUUUUUGAGUCUUUAAUAAGAAAAGCUCUGUUGUGAACUAUUCUUCAAUGUCAAUUGCUAUUCUAUUCUGUAAGGAACUUCGAUAUCAUGCUAAAGCUUUUUAAAUUUUGGUA